AGCAUCGUCGUAGACGGCACUGACCAUUCUAAAGCGCUUUUUCGAGGGCCCUCAUCUGGACGGAACAACUCAGUUCUGUAAUAGAUUAGGCUACAUCCUCCCGUAUACACAGAAUAUACACCAUGGAACAUACAUAAGUCGCACUACGCGGUGUGCGACAUUGCGAUUCACGAUACUCACCAUUCUUCACUCGAAGGAAAUUGCCCAGCCUACAAUUCAGCAGCCAUGCACAUCACUUUCGCCUCAACCUUCCUGGCUGUGCUCUCUGUGACAGCCAUAGUGGUAGCAGCUCCAACGGAGCUUGCAAGUCGUCAAUCUACGGUGCGGAUCAUGGCUCUUGGUGAUUCCAUCACCGGUAGCCCAGGCUGUUGGCGGGCUUAUCUUUGGCAGAAGCUUCAACAAGCCGGCAUCAAGAACACCGACUUCGUAGGCACGUUGGCCGGCCAGGGCUGUGGCUUCCAAUACGAUGGCGAGAACGAGGGACAUGGUGGUUUUCUAGCGGUAAACAUCGCGAACCAGAACCAACUACCGGGUUGGCUUUCGUCCACUAAACCCGACAUCGUUAUGAUGCAUCUCGGUACGAACGACGUUUGGAGCAACCGCUCGCUCCAAGAAAUCACCACCGCAUUCAGCAAGCUCGUAGACCAAAUGCGCGCUUCGAAACCUACCAUGAAAAUCCUCGCCGCGAAGAUCAUCCCAAUGAAUCCGUCCAACUGCGCCGAAUGUGGGCCACGCGUCGUAGCUCUGAACAACGUGAUCCAGACGUGGGCAGCAAGUAAGACGACUACAAACAGCCCUAUAACGGUUGUGGAUACAUGGACUGGAUUCAACACUAAUACAAUGACUGGCGAUGGUGUUCACCCGAAUGAUACAGGCAACAAGAAGCUGGCCGAGACUUGGUUUCAGCCGUUGGCGGACGCUAUUAGAGCUUGAUAAGCACGACAAGAAUUUAGUGCGCACUUGACGAGCUACAUUGGCUAGCUUCCGUGUGCUGCUACAAUACAUGACUUAUCGGCCCACUG